AGUAUUUCCAAGCAUGUCGAACAGCGAGAAUCUACUGCAAGAAAUCUCCGAUCAGUUACUCACCUGCAAACUAUGUCUGGAGCGAAUGAAAAAACCAAAAACUUUGUCAUGUUUGCACUCUUUUUGUUCAAAAUGUUUGCGAAGAACUUCAAAGUCAACGCUGUUAGCAAGUGCUUGGAAUGUUCAAAGUUGCUCUGUUCUAAUUGUGUGUUCAUUCAUCAAAAGACAAGAGUUACCUCUACUCAUACAGUUCAUAAAUUGGGAGAGAAUGUACUUUGCAAGGUACACGCAGAAGAGAACGUUAGGUUCUACUGCGAUGAUUGCCGUGUGUGUAUAUGCAUACUUUGCGCAUUUCAACAGCAUCAAAGUCACGAAGUAUCAAAUUUAAGUUGUACUAUCGCAAAAAAUGUUCCAUUCUUUCAUUAUCUCCUCUCCGAGUGCCGUUCCAAGGUGAGCGAACUCCAGGAGAAUAUGAUAGUAUUGAACUCUACCGAAGUUAAACUGAGAAAUGCCGAAGACUCUAUACAAGAUAAAGCUUUCGAGCUUAUAGCGCUAAUAAGACAACAGCAAAAACUUCUUACGGCGAGAUUACAUUCCAUAAACUCUCCGUAUCAAGUUAAUCAAGCAAAGAAGACAACCCAACAAACAAUCGAUUCACUACUUCAAAAUACGAAAAGUAUAGACAAAUUGCUAAAAACUUGCGGAGUUGAGUUACUUUUAUUGAAGGACGAACUGCAAAAGAGCACUGAAUUGCUACUGCAAUACAAAUGUUUAGAGCCAGAAGAGACUGAUGUUUGUUUUUAUCCCGGCAAAGCUGUUCUUGGAUUUCUUGGAAACAAUCCUUUUGAGAAUGAAUCAAUACAAACUGAAGAAGUUGAGAAAGUCUGUCAAGGGACCCAAGAUGAUUUAACAAGUGACGAUAAACCCGAUAAGUUAAUACAAACUACUGAUAAAUCAACAGGUGUUAAUAUGCAAAAACUUUCAAAAUCAAUUCCAUGUCAAACUGACAUAUCAUUUAAUGCUGUUAUAAUGAAAAUUAAAGAGAAAUUUACAGUUGCAACAAAUACCGUUUAUCAGUUUCGAAAGAGAUUAAUUGACUAUCCGGAAGACGAAUUUAAAGAAGAACAGAUAAAAGAUUUUUCUUCGGAUAUUUCGCAAUUAGAUAUCUCUUAUCAUCCUAAUCCAACCGAUUUAUGCCGUUUAAAUCAAAUUGAUAGACCAAGAAUAUUAAAAGAUUUCUCCGAUAAUUUUGAUUAUUCAACUCAUUCUAAUAAAAACCAUACCUAUCUCAGCAAAAGUAAUUUCGAAGAAAAACCAACCGAUAUAGGCCAACAACGCCAGACUGCACGGGACGAUAAACAACAAGGUAUGAGCGACCGAAAGGACGAUGAAUUGUCUAUGCUCAAGAAUAGAAGGAACAUCUCCCAAGUUAUUUGCGAAGGUCAAAAAAGGCCUCCAAUACUCGAGAGUAAACUAUUUUGCUCUACCAAACGACAAGCUAAAUCUCAAAAUCCAACUCUACUUAAAAGGCCUAACAGCUUAGGAACAAUAAGGGAAUUAAGGGAAAAUUCAUCCCCGUCUGACGAAGAAGGGCGAAAUAGAAAAUUGAAAUCGGCCAAAAUAUUGUAUAAAGCGGAGCCAGAGUCGAAAUGUCGAAAUCUUAUUAUGGAAACGCCCUUUGGAAGGGGGAUAAGAUCCUCUUCGCUCUGUUCCAUUCCAAGUGAAACGUCUAGAAGAAAUUCGUUUAAUACUUUUCAAGAUUUUAUUGUUGAAGAAACUCCUAUAAAGCCUACUUUAAUCGAUUCAUCCACCAAUACACCAAGCAUUGCAUUCGAUUCAAGGGGAACCAAUACGGAAGAAGUCAAAGACGUCCGAGUAGCUCAAUGUAUAACUAAAUUAACCAAAGUUCGCCAAAGAUUGGAGCAGUCCUGGCCAAGUUCCGAAGCACCUUUUUCCGAUUCUGGAAUUAACCCAAAAAGAAAAAGCUCAAGUGACUCUUCCCCAUUUCCAUCACCAAUAGUUCGAAGAAGAUCGAAAAGUGAUCCAAAGAAGCCCGUAAAAGAAACUACAAAAGAAACCACUUCAAAAGCGAGAAAGAAGAGAGUUGAUCUAACUCAAAUGUUGGCUAAUGAAGGUGAUAGUAGUUCGUGUGGAAGGGAUAGAAGAAGAACGAAUAAAGCUAAAGGAAAAUUUGGCCAAACUUUUCGUUUUUAA